AUGUGGAACCAAACUGCAAAAAUGCGUGAAACUGAAACUCUUGAAAAUAGGAUGGUCGAAAUCCUAUCCAAGUUGCCAACCAAGUCUCUAAUGCGAUUCAAAUGCUUACGCAAGUCUUGGUGCACUCUCAUCAAUUGUCCAAGUUUUGUGGCAAAACACCUCAACAAUUCUGUGGACAACAAACUUUCAUCCUCCAUUUGUAUCCUUUUCAACCGUUCUCAGCCUCACAUUUUCCCGGACCAGAAUUGGAAACAAGAAGUUUUUUGGUCCAUGAUUAAUAUUUCCAUUGGUAGUGAUGAGCACAACCUUCAUUAUGAUGUCAGGGACCUAAAUAUACCGUUUCCAUUGGAAGAUCAUGAUUUUGUUCAAAUUCUCGGUUAUUGCAAUGGGAUUGUCUGUGUAAUAGCAGGGAAAAAUGUUCUUUUAUGCAAUCCUUCAACAAGGGAAUUCAUACAACUUCCCGAUUCAUGCCUUCUUCUACCUCCUGCUGAUGGAAAAUUUGAAUUGGAUACAACCUUUGAAGCACUGGGAUUUGGCUAUGAUUGCAAAGCUAAAGAAUAUAAGGUUGUGCAAAUUAUAGAAAAUUGUGAGUAUUCAGAUGAUGAGCAAACAUACUAUCAUUGUACUACUCUUCCUUACACGGCUGAGGUAUACACUACGGCUGCUAACUCUUGGAAAGAGAUCGAGAUUGAUAUAUCAAGUAAUACCUAUUCCUGGUCUUGUUCGGUUUACUUGAACGGAGUUUGUUAUUGGUAUGCAACGGAUGGCGAGGAAUACGUACUUUCAUUUGAUUUAGGUGAUGAAACAUUUCAUAGAAUACAAUUGCCUUUCAGGGGAGAAUCUGGUUUUACAUUUUUUUACAUUUUUCUUCGUAAUGAAUCUCUUGCUUCUUUUUGCUCUCGUUACGAUAAAAGUGGGGAUUCUCAAUCAUGUGAAAUAUGGGUAAUGGACCGCUAUGAAGGAGUUAAGAGUUCAUGGACAAAACUCCUAACCAUUGGAUCCUUACAAGGCAUUGAGAAGCCAUUGACAUUUUGGAAAAGUGACGAGCUUCUUAUGCUUGCUUCCGAUGGAAGAGCCAUCUCUUAUAAUUCUAUUACUGGAAAUAUCAAGUAUCUUCAUAUUCCUCCUACUCUCAAUAAGGUUGUAGAUUUCCAAGCUCUAAUUUAUGUGGAAAGUAUUGUUCCAUUGAAGUGA